AAAAAAGAAAAAAAAAAAAAAACACCCGUAACCUGGGUUUGAAUGAACAAAAAAACGUCUUUUUGGAAAUAAGCGGGCCGCUCCCCCUCCACAAAAAAAAUCGCUAUUCUAAGAGAGAGGGUGGGCCUGUCCCUUUAUUUUAUUCUAUUUUUCCCUUUUCUUCACUACUUGUUUGAAUAUGAAUAUACGUCUUCUCAUUACGAAAAGCAGUCUUACACAGCAACCCACAGCACAACUAUUACGGAUACAGCAGCGUUCACGUUUCGGUACACUGGCAUGGAACAACAACAACAACAACAGCUAUGGUCUUCAGGCGAUCGCCGCAGCCGAGUCCUUCAUUCACCGUACUUUUCAGGUCCCAGCAUGGCUAGAACCUUUCCUGUGGGCAGCACCUAAAAAGAAGACUUCACAUUCCAAAAAACGCAUGCGUGCUUCCAACAAAGGAUUGCAAAAUAAGGAAAAUAUCGGCACUUGUCCUGCUUGUGGUCAUCCUAAACUCUUGCAUCAUUUAUGUGGAAAUUGUUAUAAAAAUAUCAAAGAAAAGGCAAAAUCUCUCUUAUUCAGUUAGAUAUCAAAAAGAAAUGGGAAAGUUAGACUAUGUAACACGGAUCAUGAUAAGAAAAAAAAAAAAAAA